AUGCCGCCGGCGCGGAAGCGGAAGGCCCCUGCCCCGGCGACGCCGCCGCGCCGACCGCCGCCCCGCCUGGAGUUCCGCUCGCCGGUGGACGGCGCGUGGUACGACGCGCGGGUGGCGGUGCAGGGGCGCGCGCUGCGCGUGAUGUACGAGGAGUUCACCGAGGAGCAGGACGAGUGGUACGACCCGGCGAUCCACCUCUCCUCCCCGCGCGACGUGGCUGCGCUCCGCGCCAGGUUCCGCGCGCGGUCCCCGCCCCUCGACGACGCCCGCUGCCGCGACCUCCGCCCGGGCGACCCGCUCUGCGUCGCCUGCGCCCUCGCCGGCGACGAGCUCAAGUACUACGACGCCGUCCUCGAAUCCGUCUCGCCGGCGGCCCACGAGUCGGUGGACGGCGAGGAGCGCUGCGCGUGCCGUUUCUCGGUGCGGUGGGCCGGUGGGCCGCUCGCCGGGGGUAGAGAGGAGGUCGGCGUCGAGAAGGUCUGCUGCGUGCGGUCCACUCCGGUGCGAGACCCGGUGCUGGCGGAGUUCUUGGACGGCGUCACCAAGUCGCUCGGCGACGGCGAGGAUCGCGCGGCGGCGGCGGCGUCGUCUCAGUCAUCCGGCGCCGUGUCGCUGUCGCCUUAGUUUCGCCAUUGCGAUCGUCGAGCCAUGGAUU